UCAACUCUUCGCUGGCAGCGCAGACGCAGCGUCGUUGGCGAUCAGUGCGGUUUUGGAGUUCGUUGCGUCCGGUCGCGAGAUCCCAGGCUCAGUGGAACCCCCCAAAAGAUCCCAUAUCGGCUUCGAUUCGCGAGUGCAGAUCUCUUCCCCACCCAGAGUUUAACCAGUGUGUGUGUGAUUGCCAGUGUUAGGAUAUCACAUCCUGCCAAUUCCAAAAUCCAAACAAAAUCGGGGCCCCAGCCCAAACACCCACACUGUCUCACCAAAAGCACCAGACACACUGAAGCACAACCACAAGCUCAUCCACGAGCAAAGCAACCGUUAGCCAUGCUGGCAAUGAAGGAUAAACCUUGGCUGCUGCUAUUUGGCCUAUUGGCCGCAUUAAGCUGCUUAGCCAGCUUCGGAGACGCGGCUUACCCGUACUAUGGCACCAAGAUCGGAGCCCUGACCCGCCUGCACCACGGUGUCUCCGGCGAUGUGUACGCCGUGGACUCGCGCACCAUUUUCAUCAAGAAGUUCAAUUACGACGGCGAGGCGCCGGCGGCCUACUUCUAUGUGGGCAAUACGGUGCGGCCCAGCAACGAGGGUGCCGCCCGGCUGAGGGACGAGAGGGGCGGAACCGCCUCCCUGACCCGCCGCUACCGGAACAAGGACGUCACCCUGUCGCUGCCCGAGGGCAAAACGCUGCGCGACAUCAAAUGGUUCUCGGUGUGGUGCGAUGAGUUCGCGGUCAACUUCGGCGACGUCGCCAUUCCGGCCAACUUGGACUUCCCGCGUCCGCAGAAGAUCAGCGCCCUGAGGGGAGUGCACGGAGUCUCCUCCGACAACAUUGUGAUCGUGGACGCCCAGACGCUGCUGGUGCCCAACUUCAGCUACGACGGCGAGGCGCCAGAUGCCAAGUUCUGGGUGGGGCGUGGCCAGCGGCCCACGUCCGAGGGUCUGAGGAUUCCGGACGAGAACGGCAAGGAGAACCCGCUGCGCCGCUACGAGCGCAAGACGAUCGUGCUGACCCUGCCCGAGGAUCUGACCAUCUUCGACAUCGGCCACUUUGGCGUGUGGUGCGAGGCCUUUACCGUCGAUUUCGGCCAUGUCCGCCUGCCGGAGGGCCUCAAUGUGCCGCCCUCGCUAAAGAUGCUCGGCAUUAGUCCACAGUCGAAGCUCAACUGCGAGGUGCUCUACGACGAUCUAGCCUUCGAGGUCCGCUGGGCGGUGGCCGGCGAGAGCAUCGUGGUCCAGUUGGUGGCCAAAUUGGAUCCGAACCACUACAUGUCGUUCGGCAUCUCGCCGAGCAAGAACAUCAGCCAGAUGAUUGGCGCAGAUGCGGUGGUGGCCUGGGUGGAUCCCCAGACCGGAAACGGAUUUGCAACGGACUACUUCCUGGAGGGCAAGGCGCAGUGUUCGGGCGGACGUGGUGCCUGUCCGGACACCAAGAUCUCGGAGAAGACCAACUCCAUACGGCUGCUAAAUGCUGCCAUGGUCAAUGGCUACUCGAUUGUGACCUACCAAAGAUCCCUGGCUGCCACGGAUCGCCUGGAUCUGCCCAUCUCGAUCACGGACGCCGAGUCGGUGGUCUGGGCCAUUGGACCGCUGAACGAUUUCCGAGAGGUCUCCUUCCACACGUUCUACAACAAGCACCUGCACCAGAUCGAGUUCGGCCGCCAGCCCAAGUGGAAUUGUCCCUUGCCCGAGGGCGCUCGUCCUGGCAGCAACUCCUCCGAGCAGGAAGACUCCGCCCCCGCAGCCCAGAGUUCAACGGGUGGAGCGGGCUAUCCGCCAGCGGGAAGACCCCAUGUGGAGCCUGACGAGGAGUUCUACGAGAACCGGGCGGAGGCACUGCAUCGCCAGCCACCGCAGAGGCGCCCGGAGACCGCCAUUGUCACCCAACGGCGACCAGUGCCCACACCGAAGCCAGUGAACAGCAAUGGCGCCUGGGACAUCCCAGCCAUCCAGUGCCACGAGCCAGAGGACGGAGUCUUCUACGCCCAGAUGGGUCCCACGGGCGGCAAACACGGUUAUCCAGCCAUCACAGGUCACGUCGGCUGGGGCAUUUCCUGGUACAUCAACGGACUACUUAUCCCCGAGAUCCAUGUGGUGCGCGGCAGGACCUACACCUUUGUGGUGGAGGGCGGCAACAAUCCGGACAUUCCGGCCAAGUACCAUCCUUUCUACAUCAGUGACGAUCCUGUGGGAGGAUACGAGCACAAACGCGAGGAGGAAAAGAAGGCCGUUCGCAUCUACGCCGGAGUGCAUCGCUCCCGAUCUGGCCAGGUCACGCCCACGGGAGUGGGUCGCCUCUGCAACUGGACGCCGGACGUAGAGGGUCCUCCGGCCGACGAUUACCAGUCCUUCGGCGCGUACCAGCGCACCCUGACCCUCAAGUGCGACGCCGGAGAGCCGGGCGUGAUCAGCUGGAAGCCAGACAGAAGUACGCCGGACACAGUGUACUACCACUGCUUCACGCACCGCUACCUGGGAUGGAAGAUCCACGUCCACGACGCCUGCGACUCGGAGGCGGGCGGUCCGAAGGGAGCGGCCUCCGAACGCCACGAGAUCCGGCUGCCGGCGGAAUCGGAACCGGAACCGGCGCCCGUGCACGAGGACUACGCCGGAGAGGCGUCCGUUCGGCACGAAACCAAGGUCAGCGCCAACGAUAAUUUUUUAUUGAAGCACCAAACCGAUUUGAUUAAGAACCACAAUAUGAACGGAACACCGCCCAAACUGAGUUUUGAAAUAACGAAAUCUUCGGAAAUAACCAAACUGAUUUCAGAUGGCAUCCGCGCUGCUGAGGCUCUCGAGGAGAGCCUACUGAGGAACCCGAAUCUGAACCCCCAUCCCAACCAGAACCCGAAUCCGCAUCCGCAUCCGCACCAGAAACCGAACGUGACCCCGACCGAGAUCAGCUCGCGACCCGAGAUUCUGCUGGGCGAGACCCAUGCCCACAAGCUGAACACAUCUCCAUCCGCAUCCGCAUUCCCAUCCCCAUCAGCAUCGGCCUCACCAUCCCCCGCCACCCUGAAGCUGCCCAUCUUCGCGGCUGGCCCAGGCCCAGGCCUCGGCCCUGGCCCCCAUCUCAUCCACCAUCCCCCGCACCUGCAUCGCCUGCACCACCACUCGCAGCAUGCCAUUGCCCCCCACCCGCAUCUCCAUUUGCAUCACCAAAACCUAACCGCUAAUCUUCCAGCGCUGGCCCAGAAAACCAUCGGCCUGUCCGAGUUUCUGCGUCCGCCGCAGAACGCUCCGCUCUUCCAUCCGGUGAAGCUGCCCGGCCGUCGUCCCUUCCCCGCUCCCAUCAAGAAGGUGCCGGCCUCGAGGCCCGUGCUGCCGCAGCAGCAUCCGCACCUGCAUCCCCUCCCCGGCCUCCUGCAGCAGCCCUCCUUGAUCGUGAGCCAUUACAGGAAGCCGGUGCCGGGUUUGCUCAAGCCGUUCGUCAAGGAGAAGCCCUUCCCGCUGCAACCGCUGGCUGCCUCCGUCCUGCUUUUGGGACAGCCCACUGAACUGGGCGGAGGAUUCGGGCUGAGCCAUAAAGGCGAACGACUGAAGGCCAAGGGAAAGCCCAAAAUUCCAGUACCCUAUGUGGAUCUGGAACCUCAGGGCUCACUGCAAAACACGGCAUUCUUUAAUCAGCCGGGAAAGGGUGAUCAGAAACCUUCAGCAAGCUCCAGCCCUAUUCCCAGCUCAACCACGACCACGCCUUUGAUGAAACGUCCCCCUGUGAAGGAACCCUCCCAGGAGGAAAUCGCCAGUAUGCGACCGGCCGUCAAUCAGGGCUUCAAGCCCGACACCGUGAUCGUGGAAAGUGGUUUCCGACCCAUCAUGAGAACGGACGGCAGUGGGGUCCAGUUGCCCAAGGAAAUCAUUGAGCAGGUGGCCCAUCGUCGGGAGGAUCCGGGAACCGAAAUCGACGAGGUGAUGGAAACGGACACACUAUUCCUGACAGCUCAACAAGGAGGCAGUGAAACGCAGAGCUUUGAGCCCAUGUUUAUACCCUCUCCGUUGGACAGUACCAAUGCCUCAAAGAUAUUGAAGGUUAAAAUAAAGGAGGUAAGUCCAUCGGCCUCAGCCUUGCGUUUGCCGUCGGCAGCUCUGGAGCACGCCCUGCCCGCCGCCUCGGAGUUGAGGAAGCCCACCCUGGACGAGCUCUUUGGCGAGGAGAUAAACGAAGAGGAGCUGGAACUAGAGGCAGCGCCCGAGGGGGACGAUGAAGAGGUGCCAGAGGAGACCACCAAGAAGGCAGCCCCAACCACUCCAAAAGAGAUCAAAAGCAGUACUACAAAGAAACCGGAACCCGAACACCUAGAGGACCUCUUCGGACCCGAAGAGGAAGACAUAUACGCUGAUGAGAUGGAACUCGAAAUGGAUGACCGCGUGGCGGCCGCUGCGGAGCGGAUUGACACCUACUACCUGCCGCCGGACAACCGGAAGGUUCCCCAUUCGAGUCUGCCGAGUGGAGCGCUGUACACCUUCGAUGGCAAGUCGGUGGUGGACAGCAGCCUGGUGCUGCCGCCCAAAUUGGAUGCGGCCGACAGUGGAGCGGUCCACCAGCGCCAUGCCCAGUAUGGGCUAACACCGCUGGAGCAGCUAGUUCGAACCACGCCGCAAUUCGGAGCUUACAGGGGAGAGCUGCCACAGGAGUUCGGCGGCACAGAGCCCCAGCCCGUGUCGGAGUACUCACAUCCGGCGCCCUUCAGUCGAACCAGCACCACUCCCGGAUUUUCCACCAGCAGUGGCAACACCAUCUAUCCGUCGUACUCCUCCUCGCCACGAGCAUCCACAUCCACAUCCAUAGCCACAGCCACAUCAUCAUCAUCGCCAUUCUUGUCCUCAUCAUCGCUGAGACCCAUUUCCACCAAGUUGCAGCUACUGAAGCCAGUGGGCCGACGGGCGUAGGACCUGCAAUAGCGAAAUUAUAAACAAAAACUAGCAUUUAACCGAACCGUUUUGGGGUGUACUCUCAUAACCACGUUACAUUUACUCGUAAACCUGUAUUAGCCCGUAGUUUUCUUUUAACAAUUAUGAUGCUCUUAAUUUUAAACGAACGCAUGAAUUUUAUUAGCUAAGCUAACCGAUUGUGCUUAAGCCGCAUUUUAGUCGUUGUGAAAUAAAAACCAAGAAUUAAUCUGA